GGUGCUUUUGCCACCAACCGUUCCAUAUCCCCAAGCUAAGGAUCGCCUCCAUCGCCUCUCUCAUCCGACCAACGCAAACCAAACCAGCUCACAUCUGACACACAUGGAGCAAAAAGCUGUCACCCGAAGCCCAUCAUGGCCGGAGCUCCUCGGAUCCAAGCACUGGUCCGGCCUUCUUGACCCCCUCGACCUCUCCCUCCGCCGCCUCCUCCUCCAAUGCGGCGACAUGUGCCAGGUCACCUACGACUCCUUCGACAACGACCCGCACUCCAAGUACUGCGGCAGCUGCCGCUACGGCAGGCGCACCCUCCUCGACAAGGUGCUCUUCCCCUACGCCGCCAGCUACUCUGUUUCCGGUUACUUCUAUGCCACCUCCCAGGUAGGCCUCCUCGACCACUUCUUCCUCUUCUCCUACGCCCGCGAUGCCUGGAGCAAGGAGUCCAAUUGGAUGGGCUACGUCGCGGUCUCCACGGACGCCGCCGCCCGCGCCACCGGCCGGCGCGAGAUCUAUGUCGCGUGGCGCGGCACGAUCCGGACGCUCGAGUGGGUCGACGUGCUCGAGCCUGAGCUGCUGCCCGUCGACUCCAUUCUUUCUUCCAAGAAGGAAGCCACCGCCGAGGAAGAGAAGCCCAAGGUCAUGAAAGGCUGGUUCGUCAUCUAUACCUCGAGCAACCCCAACUCUUCUUACAACACGCAGAGUGCGAGGGAGCAGUUGGUGGCUAAGAUCAAAGAGCUCGUGGAGGUCUACAAGGACGAGAGCCUGAGCAUAGUCUGCGUUGGCCAUAGCUUGGGAGCCGCCCUUGCCAUCUUAAGUGCUUUCGACAUAGUGGAGAAUGGACUGUCCAAGGUCGGAGACAAGGAGGAGUUCCCAGUCUGCGCCAUGGUGUUCGGCAGCCCACAGAUCGGGAACAAGGCCUUCAACGACAGGCUGGAGAAGCUGCCCAACCUUAGAGUUCUGCACGUGAGGAACAAGAUCGACCUCAUCCCACUCUACCCGAGCGGCCUGCUGGGCUUCGUCAACACCGGCACGGUGCUGGAGAUAGACACGCGGAAGUCGCCCUACUUGAAGGACUCCAGGUUCCCCGGCGACUGGCACAACCUGCAGGGGAUCCUGCACGUCGUGGCGGGGUGGAAUGGGGACGAGGGCGAGUUCGAGUUGAAGGUGAAGCGGAGCGUCGGGUUGGUGAACAAGUCGUCGGAGUACCUCAAGGACGAGUACCUGGUGCCGGGGUCGUGGUGGGUGGAGAAGAACAAGGGAAUGGUGCUUGAGGAGGACGGGGAGUGGGUGCUGGCAGCGCCGACGGACGAGGAUGCUCCCGUCCCGCCUUCCCUGGAGGGCCAAGCUGGACGGCUCACCGACAUGGCGGUUGCCGAGCGGCCUGUUGCAGUCAAGCAGAAGACGAGGUCAAGAUCACGGCUCUCAUUUACCUCCUGCUUUAAGGUCGUUGACUAGUUGGCUUGUGGUGGUGUGCAUGGACUACAUUGGACAUGUUGGAGAGCUUGUGAAUUCUUUAAUCCUUUCACAGUAAUUCAUAAAAUAUAUUAUAACAA